AUGUUAAAGUCUGCGGAUGAACUUAUCGAAAGGUCGGGAACUACAAUGGCGGAUAAAACAAAACAACUGAGAUCAACUUUGGCUUUCACUUUGCCGAUAUCAUGCCAGAUAUGUCUUGGGAAGGUGAAAGACCCAACUGUCUGUCCCAAUCGACAUGUUUUCUGCAGUGGUUGCAUGGAUGUUUGGUUACAGAGGAACCAACAAUGUCCUUCCUGUAGGGUUCCUAUUACAACAGAAAACCCUUGCAAACCUAUUUUAGGGGGACAUAGUGAUCAACCAGCAGGGGGAGGUAGUGAUAGGUUAUUGUCAACUCCACAGCUGAGGAAGGCAAGGCUAGAUAUCAUAUAUAACGACCUUGAGGAGGAAAUUCAGCGUCUGGAAAAACAAGUACAAACCACAACUGUUGAGAAUGAAGCUCUCAAACUACAGCUUGAAUCAGCCAAUCAGAUCCAUGAACCAGAGGUCAAUGGGGAUACUGACCAACAGGGUGAAAGGUCAAAGUGUGAAUGUGGGAGAUCAGGUCAAGGACAAGGUAUUGAUAUGAUGGUUGUCAUAACAAACAAAUUGAAGGAUGCAACAAUGCAAUAUGAAAAAGUGAAAGAAGAUAUAGAAAAACUAAAAAAGAUCAAUUCCAGACUAGAAGAUGACCUGAGUAACCAAACAAGAGAGACUCAACGUAUGAAGGUAGAACUGGCAACUAGGUCACCACAGAGAUUUGGUAGAUACACAGUUGCAGCUCUAGAGUCCAAGUGUGAGAAGUAUGAAAGAGAGAUAAGGCAACUUCAGAAAGCCUUGGAGCGCAGUGAUAACUACAUUGCUGACCUUGAGAAACAGCUAGAAUCAAGGAAACAUAAUGAAACUGAUAAAAAUCAGCCUUCGGAUUAUUCAAUAUUCAACAAUGAUGGUAGCAAGAAGACAGUCAGUGAAAAUUUUUCAAAAAGUGAAGAAUCAAUCUCUCAGCUAGGUUUACCCAAAUUUGAUAUCGCAAACUUUAAAAGUGGUACAGUGGAUGAUGGGAAAUUAAGUCCUAAUUCUUCCUCGGCUAGAAGGAACUUGUUCUCUAAUGAUACAGGCAAUGCUAAGAGCCCAACUACUACUAGGCGUUUCUAUGGGCAACCAUCAACCCACAAUGCAAUAGGAAACUCCCAUAAUGCAUUUGAGGUUGGGGACUCAGCAGACGACUCUUUGGAUGAUUCUUAUUUCAGAUCCAAAACAGACGCAAUAAAACCGGGGAUUACAUCGAAAGCAUUAUCAAGUACACUUAACACACGUCCAAAUCAACAUGACACUGCUUCCAAUAGCUAUAAACUCAAAAAUCAAAGCAGCCCAAAGGGGAAAAACUCAUCAUUUGAGUUUGAGCAGCCAAGCCCUGUUACUCCAUCCACUAAACUCGCAAAGCUAUCCUUGAAUAGACAUGGUAGCAAUUCAGUGGAAUCAACGCCUGAAAAAUCUCCUUCUCUUCCAAAAAAAUUCUACCGAUCCUCUUCAUUUGAGUUGAAAUCUCAAAACACCGGGAUAUUCUCCGAUACGCAACACAAAAGCAACAUUCUUAAGUUUAAUAAACCCAGCGGGAGUGACAUUAAAUCUAAACCUGUUCCCAGGGUAACUGCUCUUAAAAGUGAAUAUUCAGUGAUUGACACUCAUAAUCAUAGAGUGGAUGACUCAAUAGAUGUCACCCUUGAUACAACCACAGCUGCACAAAAUGAACUGAAUGAUUUAGACAUCACGAUCACACCUGAACUCACAGACUGCAUGAAACUUUUCAACGCUGCACAAAGAAAUGUGGAGAAAAGAGAGAACUCAUCAAAUUCCUCCAAGACCUCUCAGGACCAAUCGAAUAGUCUAUCAAGGGAUAUCCCAACGGGGAGUAAACUCAAUCUCCAAGAAGGAACAUCCUCCAGUGGCAGCGAUCCUAUUAAAAACCCAUACACAUAUUCAGGAAAGGGACUUGCCUUAGUAAAACCCUCUACUACUCAUGGUGAGUUUUCAAGUAUAUUUGGAAAUUCUAGUAAGGCCUUAUCAAAUGGUAAUGAUAAACCUGAUUCUAAUCAGAGACAGACGUUUACUGGAAUACAGCUGUCAACAGAAACUAUAACAUUGAAGGAUUACCCGCUAUUUGCAAUUGAUAAACCAACAACAGAGAAUAACAAAUCGGCGCAAGCCCAUAAAGACAGCAUGUACAAUAGUGUUCAGUACAGACAAAAUGGCGGGUAUGAUACUGGGAGAUAUCGUAAACGCUCAAUAGGUGACAGCACUGUUGAUUCCUGGUUGCCUAGUAGCCCAUCUAAAACAACAAAGUUGAAUUAA